AUGAAAAUUAUUGCAUUGCUUAUUUUAAAUGUGUUAGGAUUUAAGUUGCAAGUAGCUUUUUACUCCAUUAGAAUAGAUGAAUCUUAUGAUUUAUUUGACUUAUCUUUGGAUGAAGGUUUAGAAGAUCCAAGAAUGACAUCAAUAAUUGAAUGUAUGAUUGAAAAUAAAUUGGUGUUGACAGAUUAUAAUACUCCGAUGGCUGAACAUUGUUAUUCGAGUGAUAUCUCAAUAAAGGAAGAUUUUGUAAAACAUAUCAAAAACAAUAGAAAUGUUAAGAUAUGCAGUUCGGUUUAUUCACUUUUAUUUUUAGCAAAUGAUAGGCUUGUAAAAAAAAAAGAUUUGCCAAUAUUAAUAACAAUGUUUAGAAUUAUUAAAUUUAAGAAGAAUAAUUGGAAAGCUAUUGAAAGGCUAGAAGCAAAAUAUGAAAAAAUUAAAGACUAUUUUAAGGAGAAUAUGGCUAUAAGUUCAAGCCUUGAUAAAUCUUUUUUUGCAAAUUUUACUAUAUUUUGUAAUGCUUAUAAAGUCUUAAAAGAUUUUAAAUCCGAGUCUUUAGUGGCGCUUACUAAAAGAGCAAUAUUGUUUUACAUUAAAGAUGUUCCAUCAAUUGAUCAAAGUGAUAUUAACGAUUUUUUGGCCCAAAACGAAGAUCAUAUUUUUGAAUGUAGUACAAAGAUAAAAAAAGUGUUGUCGUAUUUAGUCAGCUCUUUAAUUGAUGAUUUUUUUUUUAGAGAAAAUUACGUUUUCUUUAUUGAAUAUUUAAAAUAA